AUGACGGGGAAGAAAGCCGACAUGGCAGAGUUGCUCCGCACCAAUAAUCUUGUAAACCUUGAGGGUUUCUUCGAGUCCUUCAGCAUUCAAUCGCAUGACCUCGCAUCAAAACACAACAACAUCGUUGACGGCCAGACUAUCACCAAAAACCUCGUGUGCAGGGCAGCUUCGAGUCCCUUCGCCGCUCGAGCAGCCAACAAUUCCCCGUCAUUUGGUCAACACGAAAGCCAAGACGUCUUGCGCCACCCGCCCGCGCAACCACAUGAUCACAUCAGCAGGGAGGUUUACGGCACCGACACGGACUGGAUGGGGAGCGACUGGAGGAGCUCAGGUGGAUCGACGACGUUCAGUUGCGACGGCAGACGACGAAGGACAUCCACGCACUCCUGCUUCGGGAAUGGAGGCAAGAUUGACGAUGGGGUGGGAUGGGUACACACCUGGUCGAAGACAUCCAUGUGUCGACGAGUCUUUGAGAUGCUGGUCAAGAAGGGGGAUAUGCGCCGAGAAGUGAAUGUGUCGUCGUUCCACCAACUUGGCAACAGCCUGCACCAUCACCACAACAUCGAAGACCACUCGUGGUUUUCGCGUCUCAAGCAAUUGCACCCCGAGAGCCGUUCCGAAGUGGACAUACUUAACCGAGAUCAUCGCAAACUCAUCGAAUUGGAAUCUCGCGUGGCGUCCGGUAACUACCAUGCCCUCGUCGAGUUCGUCGAACACCUUAUGGACCAAUUCAACCGCGAAGAAAUGUUGUCUGUGCCGUGGCUUCUGGAGGGCACUGGUGAGUUGUAA